GGACCGGGGACCGUGCGCUCACCCUCUGCUCUGUCCCCGCAGGUAACCAAGGUGCUGGGCCGGACCGGCUCCCAGGGACAGUGCACGCAGGGGCGUGUGGAGUUCAUGGACGACACGAGCCGCUCCAUCAUCCGCAACGUGAAGGGACCGGUGCGCGAAGGCGAUGUCCUCACCCUGCUGGAGUCGGAGCGUGAGGCCCGGCGGCUGCGCUGAGACGACGAUGAAGCCUGCCGGCCUUUCCUCGGAGCGGUUGGUCGGUAUCUGCUGGGCCAGGCGCCGGCCGUGGCGGGAGAGGAGCGUGGCGGUGGUGUUACUGCAAUAAAGGGUUUGUCCAGUG